AUGGACGCUUUGGCAAAGUCUCAACGUGAGAGCGGGAACAAAAGCUUCCGCGCCGGCCGCUUCUGCGAGGCGCUGCGUCCGGACAGCCUGUGUGACAUGGAGAGCGCGUUAGCGGCCGGCUACGCGUCUGAGCGGCACCACAAGCUGCACGUGCGCCGCGCGCGCUGCCGCCUGGCUCUGGGCCGGCCUGACAGCGCCCGCUCGGCGCUGGUGCAGUACAGGGCAGCCGUCCACGAUCUGCACCUGGGAGACAUGGUGAGAGGGAAGAUACUGAGCGAGGCGGACGCCUUGGAGGCGGCCAUCUGCCGGACGGCGGCCGCCGAGCCGCAUCCCGAGGGCCCGGACGAGCCGCCCGGCCGGCCGGCGGUGGCCGCCAACGCGUCGCUGUCGGGCGCCGAUGACUGCGUCGAGCUGAGGCAGACCGAGAAGAAGGGCCGUCAUAUUGUGACGUCACGGAUGGUUCCGAAGGGGUCCGUGCUGUUUGUGGAGGAGCCGUACAUCUGUGUGUUAUUGCCCACACGCCGUCUCGACCAUUGCCACCACUGCAUCAAGCAAACGCAUGCCCUUGUACCGUGUUCCCGCUGUCGGGACGUGGGCUUCUGCAGCGCCGCCUGCCGGAGCGCCGCUGACGCCAUCUACCACGCGGCCGAGUGCGGACACGCCAUCUUCCUGGAGGCGUUCGGCAUCGGCGUGCAGGGACGUGUGACGGUGAUGCGCUGCGGCUGCUCCCGACCGGACGGCGAUCGGUACCUGGCGGUGUUUCACCUGAUGCACCACCUGCGGGAGUGCGACGAAGAGAGCGCCUACCACUACUCGCGGGCAGCGUGGCGCAGCUGA